AUGGGCUUGGCAGGGUCACUUGAUGCUCUUGACUUCUCGACAUUGGAAUCGCUUCUCCAUCUCAAUCUCUCCUACAAUCAGCUCGGUGGGGUAAUUCCUCCGACCAUCUCUGCUCUCUCCAGGCUCGUAUCUCUUGAUCUCACCAGCAAUCGGUUCACAAGCAAAAUCUCAGUUGGGAUGGGCUCCAUGAAAGAGCUUCAAUUCUUGAGUCUUUGUCAUAAUCAAAUGGUUGGUGCUAUACCUCCAUCUCUUAGCAACCUCACCAGCCUUGUGUCCUUGUCCCUGAAAGAUAACAAGCUUAUGAGUGUCAUUCCUAAGGAGUUAGGGAGGCUCCACAAGUUGAUGUAUCUGGAUAUUGGGGUCAAUAGGCUAUCUGGUUCAAUCCCUUCUAGUUUAGGAAAUUUGACAAAGCUCUACCACUUGGAUCUCUACCAAAAUCAAUUGACUGGAGUCAUUCCUCAAGAAUUGAAAAAUCUAAUUAAUCUCGUUUACUUAUCAAUCUCCAAUAAUAAUCUAACAGGCAGAGUUCUAUCUUCUUUCCGAAACCAAACCAAGCUACAAUCAUUUUUGCUAUCAGAAAAUCAGCUCUCAGGUUCUAUCCCUUUUGAGAUUGGAAAUUUUAUUGAGGUUACAAUUCUCAACUUCUCGAAAAAUCUAUUAAUAAAUUCAAUUCCUUUUUCUAUAGGAAAUAUGACCAAAUUAAAGUCCCUCGACCUUAGUGAUAAUCAAUUGUCUGGUUCUAUUCCAUUUGAAAUUGGAAAUCUAGGUAAGAUCAACAAUCUAGAUCUCUCCAAAAACCUAUUAUUAGGUUCUAUUCCUUUAUCUAUGGAAAACUUAACCCAACUCAAUUUCUUGCAUCUUGGUAGCAACCAGCUUUGUUGUCCAAUCCCUUCCUCUCUGGGGAGAUUGACCAAGCUUAAUGAACUACUUCUCGAACAGAACCAAAUCUCCGGGUCUAUCCCAUCGAGUCUUGGAAACCUGACCCAACUUCAAUUCUUAUCGCUUCAGGUGAACCAGCUCUCUGGCUCAUUCCCUCGGUCGCUUGGUAUGUUAAGCAAACUCAGAUAUCUAUGUCUUCUCAUUAAUCUGUUGUCUGGACCUUUGCCUAUGGAGAUCAACAAUAUUACUGGACUGAUAUCACUCCAGUUGUCAAAAAAUAACUUUUUCGGUUAUUUACCCCCAGACAUAUGCAAAGGUGGAGCCCUAAAGUACCUCACUCUUUACAUGAACAACUUCCAAGGCGCCAUUCCUACGUCCUUGAAGAAUUGUACCAGAUUAGUGAGGGUCCGUCUUGAACACAACCAACUCACCGGGGAUGCAUCUCAAUAUCUUGGAGUGUAUCCCCAUCUUUCUUAUAUGGAUUUGAGCUUCAAUCUAUUCUCCGGUACACUCUCACCGGACUGGGCAAAAUGGCACGAUCUAACGCGCUUGAGAAUCUCAAAUAACAACAUCUCCGGAGUCAUACCUACCGAGUUUGGGCAGUUGACGAAACUGGAGGACCUGGACCUCUCUUCCAACUACCUACAAGGAGAGAUCCCAAAGAGCUUCGGCAGCUUAACCCUUCUCUACAAUCUGAGCUUGAGCAACAACCAACUCGUCGGCCAGGUGCCUCUGGAGUUUGGAAUGCUGUCCAAUCUUCGACUGCUUGAUCUCUCAUCCAAUAACUUGGCAGGAAGAAUCCCAGAUCAAUUAGGCAACUGCACGAACCUCGGAUCGUUGAAGCUUAACAACAACAACUUCAGUGGAACCAUUCCUUUGGCCAUUGGUUAUCUGGUGCACCUUCAAGACACCUUUGACGUCAGCCACAACUCACUAACAGGGGAGGUUCCAUCCCAACUCAGCAAAUUGGUGAUGCUGCAAAGCCUGAAUCUAUCGCAUAAUUCCUUGUCGGGUCAUCUUCCAUCUUCGCUAACGUAUAUGACGAGCUUGUCCACCGUAGAUGUAUCCUACAAUGAACUGGACGGCCCAAUUCCCGAUAGCCCAGCUUUCCGAAGAGCCCCAGCGGAGUGGUUUGCCCAUAACAAUGAUCUGUGUGGAGUUGUUCGAGGAUUGCCUCCGUGUGUCACACUCGGUACUCCAACAAAAGAUGACCGAAGCAAGCGCCACAAAGUGGUUGUAAUAGCCAUCAUUGCUUCCGUCGUCUUCUUCCUUCUCCUGUUUAUAUUCAUCGGAGCUGCUUUACGAUUCCACAAGAGAAAGAAGCAGCCGGUACCUGUCGAUGAUAAUCACAUCAUAGAAGGUGCAUUCUCUAUAUUGAAUUUUGAUGGAAGAGAUGUAUACAAGGACAUCAUCGAAGCCACCGAAGAUUUCGAUGCCAAAAACUGUAUCGGAAGCGGUGCAUACGGCAGUGUCUACAGAGCAGAGUUAGCAAGUGGGGAGCUGCUAGCGGUGAAGAAGAUUCACCUACCGGACACUGAAGGUACAUUCGACGAGCAACCCUUUCAAAAUGAGAUACAAACUCGUACUCAAAUCAGACAUCGCAAUAUCGUCAAGCUUUACGGGUUCUGCUCCUCUCCCCGACACAAAUUUCUUGUGUACGAGUACAUGGAGAGAGGAAGUUUGGGAUCUGUCCUCCGAAGUGAUACUGCAGCCGAAUUGGACUGGGUGAAGAGGGUGAGCAUCGUGAAGGAUGUUGCUCGUGCUCUGUUCUACAUGCAUCAUGACUGCACACCGCCUAUCGUUCAUCGAGAUAUUACCAGCAACAACAUCCUACUUGAUUCCGAAUUCAAGGCUUGUGUUUCCGACUUUGGAAUUGCUCGACUACUGAAGCCGGAUUCAUCAAAUUGGACCAUGCUUGCAGGCACACGUGGUUACCUAGCACCAGGUAAGUUUCUCUCCCAGAUUAAUCCAUUAAAGACAAAUGAUCCUAAAUUUUGCAUCCCCUAUUCACUUACUGUUAUAUCGAAGCAUACGUAG